AUGAAAGUGAUCUUAGCUUUAUAUUGUGCUUUAGUUUUGACUUCAUUUAUAGAAAUAAAGAAAGUGUAUUCAUUGAAUAUAUUAGGAGUGUUCCCAUACCAAGGAAAAAGUCACUUUUUUGUGUUCGAACCAUAUUUAAAGGAGUUAGCAAGAAAAGGACAUAACGUGACAGUGAUAUCAUAUUUUCCUCAAAGUCAACCUAUAAAGAAUUACCAUGACAUAAGUCUGGCCGGAAAAACAAAAAUUUUUGAAGAGGUUUUCCCAAUAGAAAACUCAUAUUGGACUAUUAUCAAAGUUCCUUUCUUUGUCGUAGAAGCAGGAACGCAGAAUUGUAAAACUAUGCUGGAAAACAAGAAUGUACAAAAUUUAUGGAAAACGAAAUCCAAAUUUGAUGUCGUUGUUACAGAGCAAUUUAACAGUGACUGUUCUCUAGGAUUAGCGCACGUAUUAAAUGCUCCUGUAGUUGGUCUCACUUCCCAUGCUUUGAUGCCAUGGCAUUUCAGCAGAUUUGGUGUUCCCUUUAAUCCUUCAUACGUAUCUUUUAUGAUUUUGAGUGGUGGAACGAAGCCUACUCUAUACCAGAGAUUAGAAAGAACUAUAUUUGAUACAUAUUUAAAGUUAACUUAUAAGUAUUUCAGUCAAAGAGUAGAUCAAAACACACUUGCUCAGUAUUUUGAUGAUAUUCCUCCUUUAGAAGAACUGGGCCGUAACAUCAAAUUUCAAUUACUGUACACUCAUUUUGUUCAUUUCGGUUCAAACCUCUUACCACAAAAUGUGAUAGAGGUUGGUGGAUACCAUGUUGCAAAUCCUAAGCAAUUACCUGAGGGCUUAAGCAAGUUUAUCGAAGCAUCUCCACACGGAGUGAUUUAUAUAAGUUUUGGAUCUAUGCUAAAGGCAGGUUCAAUGCCUAGAGAUAAAAUAGACAGUAUUUUAAGCGCUCUUGUGGAACUUCCUCAAAGAAUUAUUUGGAAAUGGGACGCAAAAUCUUUACCAGGAAAUCCAAAAAAUAUAUACCUAUCUAAUUGGUUACCGCAAAAUGACGUACUAGCUCACCCGAAUGUGGUGGCAUUUUAUUCACACUGUGGUCUACUGGGAAUAACAGAAGCACUGUAUCAUGGAGUUCCAGUAUUAGGAAUGCCUAUUUUUGGUGACCAACCAGCAAAUGCUGCAGCAGUUGAAGAAAGUGGUCUCGGAGUACAAAUUCAACUCAAAGAACUCACAAAAGAAAGUCUUUUAGAAAAGUUCGAGAUGAUUUUAAAGCCUGGGUUCCGAGCUAAGGUUAAGUUACUAUCACAAGCAUGGCGAGACCGCCCGACCUCGGCUAUGGAAAGUGCGGUACAUUGGACAGAGUUCGCCGCUCGUUAUCAAAACUUAACGUUUAGAUCAGCAGCAGCUGAUGUGCCUCUCUACCAAUACUUAUGUCUCGACAUUUUAUGUAUUCUACUUGGUAUACCAGCAGUAAUCAUGUUAAUAAUCUUAACAUGUAUUUUGAAUUGUAAUAAAGAAUCUCAGCAAUCAACAGAUAAUAAGAAGAAGUCUAAGGAGGAAUAA